CACCAGGCCCUGGAGCAGGUGGCUCUCCUCGCCGCCGAGCCGCUGCAGGCCGGGCACAACUACACACUCAGCGUCCAGUACCUCUCAAACCUCUCUGAGUCCUUCCAUGGCUUUUAUAAAAGCACCUACAGGACCCCGGAGGGAGAACUCAGAGUGCUUGCAGCAACACAGUUUGAGCCGACGGCUGCACGAAUGGCCUUCCCGUGUUUUCAUGAGCCGGCCUUCAAAGCCACGUUUUCCAUUAAGAUUAGGAGGGAACCGAAGCACGUUGCACUGUCCAAUAUGCCAAUUGUGAAGUCUGUGAAUCUGACUCCCUGGCUCGUUGAGGACCAUUUUGGUACCACUGUCAAGAUGAGCACGUAUCUCGUGGCCUUUAUUGUUUCGGAUUUUAAAUCCAUCAGCAAAAUAACUGAUCAUGGAGUUAAGAUUUCUGUGUACAUGGUGCCAGACAAGGUCAACCAAGCCAGUUAUGCGUUGGAUGCGGCAGUGAAACUUUUAGACUUCUAUGAGGAUUAAUUCAGCAUUCCAUAUCCUUUACCUAAACAAGAUUUAGCAGCUAUACCUGAUUUUCAGUCUGACGCUAUGGAAAACUGGGGACUGACCACGUACCAGGAAUCUGCAUUGUUGUAUGACCCUGAAAAGUCCUCAGCGUCUUCUAAACUUUGGAUUACUAUGGUAAUAGCCCACGAGCUGGCUCAUCAGUGGUUUGGCAACCUCGUUACCAUGGAGUGGUGGAACGAUCUGUGGUUGAAUGAAGGGUUUGCGAAGUUCAUGGAGCUAUCAGUCAACAUUGCCCAUCCAGAACUGAGAGUUGAAGACUAUUUCUUAGGGAGGUGUUUUGAUGCCAUGGAGGUGGAUGCAUUAAAUUCGUCCCACCCUAUCUCUACUCCUGUGGAAGAUCCAGCUCAAAUUUUAGAAAUGUUUGAUGGUGUUUCUUACAACAAGGGAUCUUGUGUAUUAAAUAUGCUGAGGGACUACCUGACUGCUGAUGUGUUUAAAGCUGGACUUGUGCAGUACCUGCAGAAAUACAGCUACCAGAAUACAAAAAGUGAAGACUUGUGGGACACCAUGACAAAUAUUUGCCCUACAGUAGGUGCUGACCAGAACGAACUACAAGGUUUUUGCUGAAGAAGCCACCAGUCAUCUUCAAGUGCCCACUGGACUAAAGGAGAGACUCUUGAUGUGAGGGUAAUGAUGGACACUUGGACGCUGCAAAAAGGCUUUUCCCUCGUAACUGUCACGGUGAGAGGGAAGAACGUCUACCUGCAGCAGGAGUGCUACGGGAAGGGAGCAGAUUCUCCUUCAUCCCCAGGGUACUUGCGGCACAUUCUACUCACCUACCAUACCAGUAAAUCUGACACCCUUCAGAGAUUUUUGAUGACAACUAAAGCAGAUGUCAUUAUCCUUCUGGAAGAGGUGGAGUGGGUUAAAUUCAAUGUGGACAUGAACGGAUAUUACCUUGUACACUACGAAGGCGAUGGAUGGCAUCGUCUCAUUAACCUUUUGAAGGAGAACCAUAUUGUGACUAGCAGCAAGGACAGAGCAAGUCUCAUUAACAACGUAUUCCAGCUCGUGAGGAUAGAAAAACUGUCAAUUUCCAAAGCUUUUGAUUUAACUUUAUACCAACAUGAAAGACAAAUCAUGCCCGUACUCCAGGGUAUGAAUGAACUGAUUCCUGUAUACAGGCUCAUGGAGCGGAGGGAUAUGGAAGGUACAGAAAAACAGUUAAAGGAGUAUAUAGUCAAUCUGUUUAAGGACCUGGUUGACAAGCAGUCUUGGAGCGAUGAGGGCUCGGUGUCAGAGAGAUUCCUCAGGCACUUGCUCCUGCUGUUUUCAUGCGUGCACCAGUACCAGCCCUGCGUGGACAAAGCCAAGGGGUAUUUUACACAGUGGCAGAAAUCCAAUGGAACCUUGAGCUGGCCGGCAGACGUGAAGACGGCGGUGUAUGCUGUUGGAGCGCAGACACCUGAAGGCUGGGAUUUCCUCCUUAGCAAAUACAGACUGGAUGCGUUCAGCGUAGAGAGAUUGGAGAUCGAAUUAGCUCUCAGCCUCAGCAGGAGUAAGGACAAACUUCAGUGGUUAAUGGAUGAAGGUCUGCGGGGUGACAUCAUAAGAACUCAGGAUCUUCCACAUAUUAUUGCGUACGUUGCCAAAAACCCAUCUGGCUAUCAUCUAGCUUGGAUGUUUUUAAAAGAAAAUUGGGAGAAAGUUGUAGAAAAAUUUGAACUUGGUUCGAAUUCCAUAGAGUUCAUUGUCACCGGAGUGAUGAGUCAGUACUCGACGAGGCCACAGCUUGCACAGGUGAAAGAAAUCUUCAGUUCUCUGGGGGAAAAAAGCGCACGGCUUCGGUGUGUCCAGCAAGCUAUUGAAACCAUUGAAGACAAUAUCCAGUGGAUGGACAGAAAUUUUGAGGAAGUCAAAACAUGGCUGCAAAACAACCAUCUGUACAUUAAGGCACCUUGCUUGUAUUUGCCAGAAAUAACUGAAAAGCUGUGA